AAGCAGAAACAGAAGAAUUAAGUGAUUUGAUGAAGAAAGCUCUUAAAUUAUUUAAGCUUAAAACACAAAAAGAAACUUUAACAAAUCAAAUAUAUCAAGAAAUAUUGGAAUUUUUCAAUU